UGAUUUAAGUGGUGAAUGUAGCAACUCUUAUCUUCAGUUAUCAUUUCGACGGAGAAAGCUCAUUGCUUCCGACUAUGGCGCCAAUGGCGGUCGCCGUUACAACUAUUCCAACGGCUUAUAAUUUUCUUUCUUUCUGUCGUUCUCCAUCCAUAACCACCAUUCCCCUAUCUCCAUCUUCGUCAAUGUCUCUCUUUUCUUCUGGAACCACCUCAAUCUCACCACUGAUUUAUUGUGGAAGAGGGGACAAGAAGACUGCCAAAGGAAAGCGAUUCAAUCACUCCUUCGGGAAUGCGAGACCAAGAAACAAGAAGAAGGGGAGAGGACCACCGAGAGUGCCUGUUCCACCAGCUCCACCAAAGAAGGAUCGAUUUGACGACGGUGAAGUUGUCAAAAUUGAGAUCGAUGAGUCCCUCUUCUCCAGCUAAACAUCUGUUUGUAUGAAUUUCUUUGUUAUCGUGUUAUUAAAUACUAGUAUGUUGUAAACCAACAUUGGAAUUUGGAAGAGAUUACUCAACUUUGUUUCUUACCACUAAA